CGGGGCUUCGGGCGCUGAUCAACUGCAAGGCGUAUUACCCGAGGGCCGUUGGGGAGCGCAGAUCCCGGAGCAGCGCUGGUUGGCAACCUAAGUGCGGGGAGAGCACUGCGCCCUUUGGGAACGCAACUUUGAGGAGACAGUGCGGUGGAUUUCAGUGAAGUUCCUUAUGACUUCCCCUGAAAUUGCUUCCUUAUCAUGGGGGCAAAUGAAAGUAAAAGGCUCUAAUACAACCUAUAAGGACUGCAAAGUAUGGCCAGGGGGCAGUCGGACUUGGGAUUGGAGAGAAACAGGAACUGAGCAUUCUCCUGGUGUGCAGCCUGCAGAUGUGAAGGAAGUUGUUGAGAAGGGUGUACAGACUCUUGUGAUUGGUCGAGGGAUGAGUGAGGCCUUGAAGGUGCCUUCAUCAACUGUGGAGUACCUCAAGAAACAUGGCAUUGAUGUGCGGGUCCUCCAGACAGAGCAGGCAGUGAAGGAGUAUAAUGCCUUGGUUGCCCAAGGGGUCAGGGUGGGAGGUGUCUUCCAUUCCACCUGCUGAUGGAGCCUUGAGACUCGGAGAAUAAAUCACUAAGUACCUCUGCCUGUGA